ACUGGGGGAGUGGGAGACAGAUCCCAGUCCACCAUCCUUUGUUUACCAUCGCGUCUCAGCUUUGAAUCCGGUUGCUACAACAACCGCAGAACCAUCAUGUCCGACCCUGCUCGCUGCGGAGGAACACCCGAGCUCCAGGAUAUCACUGAGCCGGAUCUGCCAGCGUGCUGUGCCGAAGUGAGCCUGCAGGCGGCGAUGUCUGACCACAGCAGCAGCACAGGGAGCAGCUCGUCCUCCACCAACAGCUGGACCCUCCUGUCCCCAGAGGAAGCUGCAGUUGAGAAUGUCGGGCCCGUGGACGACGGCACAGAGAGCCUGGGCGACGUCGCCAGUCUCUCCGAGGAGCUGGCAGGAGCUGCUGUGGAGUUCAGACCAAGUGACAUUCCGGUCGAGACUGUCCUGUCAGAGGAAGGCCAUCAGGUUUGUCAGGAGACGUCUCCAGAGUCCAGUGAAGGUCCCAUCCCUUCUAGUCCGGUCCAGAUGAGUCCUCUUCCACACGACCCCCUGGACCCCCUCCCAGACCUCGACAUGGAGAGCCAGGCUCCAGUUAUUCACGAGAUUGACACCAGCUCGCCCUGCAGUGACAACGAACUCCUCGGAGCCACACCCUUUGUCACCAGCAUUGACAUGGAGGCUCAACUUGAUAUUAUUGCUGCUGAACUACCCCCAUCUGAGUUUGAAGAGUCCUGCUCUGCUGCCGUGACUGAUCUCCCUGUCUCUGCAAACCCAACGUUUGACACGCCUGCUGAUGUAGAGCAGGAUCUUGUGAGUCCCGCUGAGGAGAGUCCGGACUUCGACGUUGAACCCGAGGUUAACGUUGCCACAGAGACCAUCACAGCCAUCAAUCCUCCGUCUCAUGUCGAUGCUGCUGUUAGCUUUGCUCCAGUAAGCAUAGAGCUGCCGAGCCCUGCCCCAGAGAGCCUGGUGCCAGAGGAGCCCGUGGUUGAAAGUCCUGCACCAGAGACUGUUGGUUCAGUAGAGGCAGAGGAGCCAGUCGUUGAAAGUCCUGAACCAGAGACUGUUGGUUCAGUAGAGGCAGAGGAGCCUGUGGUUGAAAGUCCUGCACCAGAGACUGUUGGUUCAGUAGAGGCAGAGGAGCCCGUGGUUGAAAGUCCUGCACCAGAGACUGUUGGUUCAGUAGAGGAAGAGGAGGAGGAGGCAGCGGUAGAGGAAGAGGCAACAGAGACUUGGGAGACAGGGGAGCAGGAGGGGGGAGAAGAAGAGGAAGAAGAUGAGCCAUCCACUAGUUUUGGCGACACAAGCGGCUUCGAUGAUGGCGUGAGGAGGAGGAACCUCCCGUCGUUUGAGGGUCCGAGAUCCAGAACGUCAGACGAGGACGAGGAGGACGAGGAAGUGGAGUUCAAGCUGCCUGUGAAGGAGGAGAAGCCAUGGUUGUCCAUGAACAAGUGCAUUGUGGGAGCCCUGAUCCUGCUCUUUUUAGGUUCCCUCUUCCUCUCAGGUGACUUUGACUCCUCUGAACUGAGCGAUGGAGAACAAAGCCAGGACUGGCUCAGCGGUGAUCCACAGGAUAUGAAAGAGUUAUUGGAUAAACUGACACAGGAAAACCAACACAUUGCUCAGCUAGAGGCUCAACUGCAGUCUCAGAAAGAAGAAAUGGACUUGGCACUUAAAUCAGUGUCAGAAAGCGGAGAUGAGCAAGGUAAAGCAGAUCUGGAACAAGAAAAUGCAAAUUUGAAGGAGGAGCUGUCGUCUCUGCCAGAACUGAAGAAAGAGCUGGAGAGUCUGAGAGCCAGAGUGACAGAACUCAACCAGCUCACAGUUGAUCAAAAAAUGCCUCCAGCGACUCCUGGUCCAGCUCCUCAGCCCGGUGUCAAAAACGGUCAGAGUGACCAGAAAGCAGCUGAGCCCGAGAGGAGAAAGGAAAAGAACGAGGGAGGCAAGCUGAAGCAGGAACUCCAGAGACAGAAGACGCUUUUGGAGGAGAGCAGAAAGAGACUGGAGGGGAUGAAAAAACAUGGCGGCAGCAGGAAACACGUCACCGACAGUUUGGAGGAGAUCCAGAAGACACUCUCUGAACAAGUCGAGAGGUGGGGCAAGAAGAAGCCCCAGGAUUCCAAAUGGAAAGGGAACAAAGGUAAAAACGUCGAGCGGGACCACUGGAAGAAAGAAGAAAAGAAGGAGUGGAGAGGAGAGAAAGAGUGGAAGCACGGCAAAGAGGGAGGAUGGAAGGAGAAAGACGAGAAGAAGAAGGAGGAGUGGAAGCCUCAGAAGCAAAACUCGCACAAAGAGGCCUGGAGGAAACACCAGGACGAGUGGGAGAAGAAGAAGGACGAGCGUCGAGUGGACAGAGAGGACAGGAGGAAGGAGAAAUCCCACAACCACAACCAUCAGCAUCAGCAUCAGCAUCACCAGUCCCGCCAGACUCACCAGUACAACCACAACGACUUCUGGAGAGACCAGGAGCAGAAGCUCAGACGAAACUUCAAACCCCAGCUGGGCUGCACCUCUGUGGACGACUGCGCCAGCAAGGAGGGUCUCUACGCCGUGGAGCUGCCCGAGUUCGAGGAGCUGCUGGAGGGCUACCUGAGCAAGCUGGAAGGGUCUGUGUCCGAGAACAAGGACAAGAUUCGAAAGCUGACCGCGGAGUUCUUCGAGGACGGCGUGUUUGUCCACGACAGGGUUCGUUUCAGCGACUUCGCUGAGGACGUAGCGGACGUCCUGGAGGACAUGGUGGACGUCCUGGAAGGCCAGAAGGACAAUGACUCCUUGGAGGAGGAGAUGGAGGAGUUUGAACGAGAAGCCCUCUGGAAGUUUGCCGCCACAGCUUGAAUUGAGUGUCGUUUGGGAAAAGAACACUAGGAUGCAGCACAAGUGGUGGUUUGGUAGGACUUCUCUCGCCUGCCCUCUUCUCUCCAGAGCUGUAAUUGUAGUAGCUUCUGGCGUAGAGUGGUUGUGCCUCUCAUAAAUGUGACCCUCCGAGUCUUUAAUUAUAAGGUAGACUCGUGCGUGUCAUUCUGGACUUAGGUGUUGUCAGCUACCUCUGUCAGGUCUUGCUUUCCUAAGUCUUUCAGUCAUGUGUUGUGUGGGUUUUCCUCUGCUAUAUAGUGUUUUCUCAGUAUCUAGUGCAUGUUGCAGCUCAUAAUGUAAAUUCAAACUGAUAAUAUUCACAUCAGACUAAAACCUAGGGUUGUAAGGAGAUGGUGUUUGCAAAGAAUUCUGUUCAGCACCAGUGGAAACGGGUUGAAUCUAUUCAUGCAGUUCAUAUCAUAUUAGAUAAGUUGUCAAAUACAGAAGGUCGUGUUAAAUUGACCCUGAAAUUUGCCGUUCCCUCCCUUAUCAAGAGAUCUCUGCUCCAAACAGGUUCAAACAAAGGCUGAGAGGUUUUAUGUUGAUUCUAUCUGUGUGUAGUCAAGUUGGGCGUAACUGUUUGAUCCCAGAGGAUGAGAUCCCGGUUCUUUCAGUGAUAGGAAUAAGAUCAAGUCAGACCUGUUUUGUGAGAGCAGCACACAACACACAGACACACGCAGACACACACACACACACAGACAAAGAGCACUGUCUUAGAGCCCCAAGUGUUUGGCCUCUACAUUUUUUUGGAGGUUUUUCCAACUUCCAACUGCCAGUUAACAGCAGAUGUGUGGAAAAACCAGGAACCAGUUUGCGGAGCUGCUCAAAGAAACCAGCAAAUAGGACAAACCGAUUUAGAAAUGCACAGCCACGGGUGAAGUGAAGACUGCUAAACCGCUUGAGCACUUUUCUCAAACAUUCACAUUUACAGCAAUGUUUUCAUUUGUCACGAUUUACAUUUUAUGUUCUUGAUUUUUUUUUAAGUACACCGGUUUUCUUUAAUACUCUCUUUGCAAUGUAGCCAUGAGGACGUCCAUCCCAAGAUCUGUUACAGUAUUUUCAUUUCCUUUUCCUUUUUUUGUUGAUGCAAAUUGACAUUUAGUCAAAAGAAAAUUGAGCAAGCUGCUACAUUUUAUUUUGAAUGAGUUGAAUAAAUGUGGCUAAGGUACAAGAAUGGUACACAACAUUGUCUAGAAGGUAUCGUAGCAUUAUGCUUUAACAGAAAUAUUUCUUUUUCUUUCUUUUUCUUUCGUAGUAAUGUUUGAUGUCCUGAAAGUUUCCCUCUUUAGGGGGAUGUGAAGUGAAAAGCGACAGAUUGUGAUUGUUAUGUCUCCGUUUCUGGCUAUUUUUUGAGAUUGAAAGAAGCUUUGAAGAGUAAAAUGUUUAUUUAUUCUGUCAACUACACUGCAACACUUUUCCUUAUUCGACAGAAUCGCCACACUCUGUUGCAGAUCACAAACUUUUAAUGUGAAAAUGUUGACGUUUUCCUCUUAGUUUACAGAAAUUUAGUUUGCCAGCUACUGCGUAUGUGCCUUUAUCAUCACAAAUAAGGUUAGACUGAAAAAGGUCUUUGAUUUAUUUUUGCUUCUGCGAGGAUGAGAAGAAAACAGGUUUACACUACUUGCAAUUAUAGGGCAGAGAAUGAAUGUCAAAGGCUUUAUUUAUCAUGUGUUGAACAGAUUUUUAUUUUAUCUGCUGUGAGGAGUGUUUUUUCUUUUCCUUUUUUUAGACCGAAAGGGAUCAAGAGAAAGUUUAACCAGAACAGAUGAAUCCUUUAAUGAAACACAUUUAUGAAAGCAAUAUUUAAGACGUUUAUUUGUCUUUGUGGGACAACAGUAGGUCUGUGUGUUUACUGACAAUGUGGUCCAUGAUGUGCAUGUUAUUGAUCACUGGACAGAUGUAUUGUUCAAUUUGGAUCAUUUCUAGUUUUUCCUCAUGAGUCUUGUCCUCUUUUAGGAAGUCAGUGUUAAGUUCAAUAAAAAAAAAAUCACCAUCAUGUUAA